AUGGGGAAGGAUGCACAAAGAAGCAGUAAUUUCUCCGGUUAUGCCUUGUUUACGGAGGAAUUCUACAAGAAAAGCUCAAAGAAGUACAAAUCACUUGAAGCAGGAAAUGCACAAGUGAGAAAGGCAUGGGAUAAAUUAUCAGAACAACAAAGAGAGGAAUAUUGUGAAAGGGCUAAGGCACAAAGACCUCCCACCAAGUCCAAGAAGUAUAUUGUUCCUUUCUAUACAAGAUGUGCACCAAAACAAUUCAUGCAAAGAAUUGUGUGGAGAGUUUAUGUCUGCAUUGAUGUUGCAUCAAACAACAUUUCCAUAAGAGGGAAGACAAGGAAAAUGAGGGCAAAAGAUGUGCAUGAAUUUCUGGGGCUACCAUUUGACGGAGAAGAGAUUAAAGUAGUUGUGAAUAAUGAAGAUGAAGUGUUCAAGCAGUGGAGGAUUGUGUAUGGCAAUAUUCCAUACAAGAAGAUAGCAUCAUUGUUGACUGAGGAGAACCAAGAUGAAAAUUUUGAGGUGCUGUUUGUCAUGUAUGCAUUGGGAACAUUGUUAUGUCCUAAUGCAAGUAUUUGUGUGGGUGAUUAUUUGUUGAAGGUAAUACUAUCAACAAAGGAUAGAUUGGAUAAGUUUGAUUGGUCCUCUUAUGUGUUGCAUGAACUAUAUAAGGGGAUUGGAGUGUACAAGAAACAAUUGGAAAAAGGCAAGUUGACUGAGAAGAAGAAGAAUGUGCCAGGUUGUCUAUACUUCCUAAUGUUAUAUUGUCUACAAAAUUUUCCAUUGGGAGAAACAAAAGCUGCACAUGUAAAGGAUGCUGUUGCAUAUUGGGAUGAAAAGAAAGUGCAGCAAAGAGUUAAGGAGGAGAAGGAAAGCAAUCGAGGACUCUUGCAUCCGGCAAAGCAAUCCACCAAAUUUGAUCCUGAAAAUUUAACUCACCCGGAGAUCAAAAAGACAUAUACUCGAUUAGUGUCUAUGCUGGGGGAGGAAAUGAUGGCCCUUCAGUCAAGACUAAUGGAGGGUAGUGGCAAUGUAAGUGAAGAGGACAAAGAUGAGGCAGAAGAAUCUGAAGCAGAAGACGAAAAAGCUGGGAAAAAGAGAACAAUUGAUGACAGGCAAGCUUUAUUUGACAUGUGCACAGCAAGGUGUAACCAUGAGGAGCAAGAGCAAUACUUUGUAUCGAUGUAUGGAUACUUCCUAACCCGUGGUGAGUUGCAAUGUCUCCAACGUAGAAGAUGGAUAAACGACAGGUUUAUGACUAUGGUGGCGAAGACAUUCGUUGGAGAUCAAAAGGAAAAAGAUGGGCGAGUCAACCGUCAUAUAUUUUCUGCAGAUUUCAUGCAGAAAAUGGUGGCGAAUCCUUUAAGGUGGAAAUGGGAGGACCAUGAAAAAGAAAUAUUACCUGAAUAUAUUGGAUACAAUAUCGGGGAUUGCGAUUUCAUUUUUGGUCCUACUCUAUUUGAAGAUCAUUGGUUUUGUUAUGUUUUUGAGACAAAGACCAUGACCUUCCACGCCCUUGACUCGUUGGUUGAUAGCAUCACAUUCAUGAGAUUACAAGCCGAGGAAGAAGAAGCAAAGAAGAAGGGGGUGAGCAACAACAUGACGCAAAGAAGAAGAAAAAGAGGACAAGUAAAAGGCAGUUCGACCCCAAACAGUUCAUGGCAACACAAACUGUGA